GUUCACACAGAACCUUCUCCUCUUGUCCAUCUGCGGUCAUGUCCAAGUCAGACCGGGUCGUGUUGGUUCUGGGAGGAGCGGGGACGGUGGGCUCUGGUAUAGUCAAAGCCCUGCUGGAUAAAGGGUUUAAGGCGGCGGUGAUCUCCAGAGACGGCGGCCGACUGGAGAAACUCCGGGCCUUCGUCUCUCCCAGCAGCAAGGACAACCUCAUCGCUGUAGUGGGGAACGUGGGCUCAGAGGACGGAGCGCAGCAGGCAAAGCAGCAGCUGCUGCAGCAGGUGGGGAAGGUGACGGACGUGGUUUCUGCCCUGGGCUUCAGCUGGUGGCAGGGCGGCCCGCCACACACCCAGACCCUCCAGGACCUGCACUGGGUUUUGGACGCGCUGCUGUUCAGCACCUUCGUCUCCUGGAAGACGUUUUUCCCCCUGGUGAGGGACGAUCCGUCCUGCAGCUACACCUUCAUCACAGGGGGAGCCGGAGAGCAGUUGCUGAUGCCGGGGACCGGCUUCCUGACGGUCGGCGCCGCCAGCGCGCUGGCCUUCUGCCAGGUGCUGCGAGAGGAAUACCCGCAGGUAGACUGCAGGCUGUGCCAGGUGAAGAUCAACACAGGUGUGGCGACUCCGGAGCGCCUGGCGCCCGGCUACCUGAACCAUUUGGACUUGGGCGUUGCCGUGGCAACCUUGGUGGAGCGAGGAAGCUCCUCCCACCGCGUUUUCACCGUCAGCAGCCCUGCGGACCUGCAGACCCAGCUGCUGGACGGGAACCUCUAA